AAAAAUGUGGUUGAAAUAAAAUGGAAGAGAAUUUGGAAUAAAAUGCCAAACUUGAUUGAACGUAGACACUAAUCUACCUCUGUCCAACCAAUCCUUAAGGUUCGGUGAAGAACAACGUUAAUGGCAACUCUUGGCGUGCAAGCAGUUCGUCCUCCUCCAUUAACGUCCACCUCCGACCCACCUCCUCUUUUUGAUGGCUCCACCAGGUUGUACAUCAGUUACUCUUGCCCCUAUGCACAACGUGUAUGGAUCACUAGGAACUACAAGGGGCUACAAGACAAGAUCAAAUUGAUCCCUAUAGACCUUCAAGACAGACCAGCUUGGUACAAGGAGAAAGUCUACCCUGAAAACAAAGUGCCAUCCUUGGAGCACAAUGGCAAGGUAUUAGGAGAAAGUCUUGAUUUAAUCAAAUAUGUAGAUGCCAACUUUGAAGGGGCACAUUUGGUUCCCGGAGAUCCUGCCAAGCAAGAGUUCGGUGAGCAAUUGAUAUCCCAUGUUGAUACAUUCAACAAAGACCUUUACGCUUCACUGAAAGGGGAUCCUAUACAGGAAGCCAGUCCUGCUCUUGAUUACUUGGAGAAUGCUCUUGGUAAAUUCGAUGAUGGGCCAUUCUUGGUUGGUCAAUUCAGUUUGGUGGAUAUUGCCUAUAUUCCAUUUGUGGAAAGAUUCCAAAUUUUCUUAGCUGAGGUGUUCAAAUAUGACAUCACAGAAGGAAGGCCUAAACUUGCAACUUGGAUUGAGGAAGUGAACAAGAUUGAUGCUUAUACACAGACAAGACUCGAUCCUCAGGAAAUCGUUGAUAGAUACAAGAAACGUUAUCUGCCUCAACAGUGAACGAUGGAAGGCUGCAGGCUUCCUCUGAGAUGUAGAUUGUUGCCAAUUAAGCUUCCUUUGCUUUGAUGAAUAUAUGCAUCUUCAGUCAAAUAUUGGUUGUAUUUAUCUGCUAGUGUUGCAGGGUAGUUUGACGUCAUAAUUAUGUUCACUUUUAAUUUCAGUUGUUUGUUUGAUGUUUUAAUAAUGUUUAUGUACCAGCUUGUGAUCACUGAUCAUUACGGUGUACUUAUCCUACUUGAAUAUGUUAUAUUACGAAUUAAGCUUUGAUA